AUGAAAGGAACUAUUGUACUAUGCACAAUGGCUGUUGUGUGUGCAUUGGGUUAUAUAACAAUGACACAUAAAGCACAGACCAGCAGAGUCUUACUGGAAAUGGUUAAAGACUUAAACACAGUGAAGAUAAAAAUAAGUGAUUUAUUAAGAAAGAAGAAAGUAGGAGAAAAGGUAGAAAACGUGCUUUCAGGUGACUUACAGAAUAUUGAAAGGAAAAUGGAGAAGAUAAAUGACAUAUCUGGCAUUACACAGGAACAAGCACAAGCACUGACACAAGAAAAGCCACAGGCACUCUCUCAAACAGUUAUAAGUAGCCCAGUGAGUACAUCUUCUAUUGAGAGUAUGCGGCCUAAGACAGGACUUAGUGCAAUUUCAGAAAAUAAUUUCCUUUCUAACAAUAUAGUAGACCAAAUUAUAGAAAGCUAUUUGAAAGGAAAUCUUCCAAUGGAGACAAUUACAAAAGCGAUAGUUGAAAGGCCAGAACUACUUGCACUUGCUCCUAAAGUAUUGGGUCUUAAUGCACACCUGCCACUCACCAAUAACAUACGUGCUUCUGAAAUACCAACCACCUUAAUGAAGAACAUAAUAAAUGAGCAAGCAGAAGCCACUCCAUACCAGAAUGCACACAGUGCACACUCUUACCUACACAUUGAUGAGGCACAGAAAACUCCAACGAAUAAAAUGGUCAGUAUAGUGCAUGAACUAAGUGGAAAGAAGGGAUUUACUCUGGCUAAGAUGCAAUUAAGCCCAGAAACAACUUCUAUAAAAUCAAAGCCCAUCAAAAGAAUGAGAAUUAGUCUGCCAUCAAUGAGACCUAUCCAUUCAAAAACAAAUUUAGUCAAUAUGAUAAACCACAUGAACCAGAACAUGUCUAAAGAGGCAGAUAAAGCCGAAGAAAUUGCAAAUGAUGUAUUUUCUAAGCACACCAGCAGUGUAGAAGAACUGAGCCCAUCUAUGGAGUAUAUCAUGCACGCACUUGCAAACAGAGAAAUAAGAAACAGUGACAAGAGUAAAGAGAAGAAAAAAGAAAAACUAGCUACUAUAACCCUACCAAAACCAGCAAGGGCAGUUAUGAAAAAAGUGUUCAAAAUAAAAGAGAGCGAACAAGUACAAGAAUCAGAAAGACCAAUUAAGCUUAUUCAAGAAAAGACUCCUCGCCCUAAUAAAGAAGCCAAACCCAAAAAGCCCAUUGGAAUAAUUAGUAAAGUAAUUAGGACAACAGAAGAUACCAUUCACAAUGCAGUUAUGAAUAGCGAAAUAUCAACACAAGAACUUUUAACAGAAGAUUCUUCAAAAAAACCAAAAUCAUCCAAAUCAGGAACUCACCCCAGAACUACACCAGAAAUUCAAGAGAAUACCGUACAAGAAUCUUCUCUACAAGAGCAAAUAAAUGCACAGAAUAUUCUUGCUAAAAAAAUAAAUGAAAAAGCAGUCCUUGCCCAAGCACUCGCAGAAAUAUCUAAAAAGAACAAACUAGCAGGCCCAGCUAAGACUUCUCCUGCACAGCCAAAAAAAGCAUCGACUCCUAAACCAGCCGAAGAACUAAGUGAUACACCAGCAACUCAGUCAAAUCUUGAGGAAGACCUGACAGCAGAAGACCAGGCAGUAGAAGAACCUCUUAAGUCAUAAUGAAUACCGCACCCAUGCCAAGAUUACUUUAGAGAGCAAAAUAAAC